AUGUCGACAUGUCAACAUCAGCCGCUUCAUGAUAAGCGGCUUGGCAUUCCGAGUACGAUGAUGAAUUGCAAGCGAUUCAAAAGUCUGAGUACGAUGAUGAAUUGCAAGCGAUUCAAGUCUGAAUAUGAUGAUGAAUUGCAAGCGAUUCAAGUCCUAGCCUGUGGCAGCGCAAUAUACCAGAGUGCGCGAUUGACACUUGGUAAUCAGAAGGCAAAACGAA